CCGUGGAUCAAUGCUGAUUUGCAAUUGCCUCGGGAGAAAAUCGCCGAACGAGCAGUCGCCAGUUCCGCCCAGUUGAACGCUCGUAUCAAAUAUGUGCAAGAUAUGAUUUUGUUGAAGAACUAUUUCGACACAUGUCAGUUUCGUGAUUCGACCAGUCUGGCUGAAUUCCUGUUCGCAUCAGAGAAUUCAGUGUCCACCUACUCCACGUUUAUGCGUUGUGUGUGA